UCUCCGUAGCGGGUCACUCCCUCCCUACUGUCAGCAGCAGCUCUCUGAGCGGUUCAAACUUGAAGCCACAUUGAAGUAAUCGAUUCCUACCGUUUUCUUUUUCCAGGUUUUGAGUUUUAAAGUAACAAACUGUUAUUCGUAAUGUGUUAAAAGUCUAUGGUGCGGCGGCUCUUCACCGGGAGGAAUUACCGUUUUGUCUUCGCUUUUAGUUGAAAAGCAGCGGGGAAAAUGUCCAGCUGAGGAUUCGAAAUCCUGAAAACCGCAGGGCCCGUUUUUGUAAUGAUUGAUCAAUGCUUCGACAAUGGCGCUAAAGGCACAAGCUUUAUAUGACUUCAUUGCUGAGGCUGGAAACAACGAGUUGACGGUGAAAGAAGGCGAGACACUUAUUAUCACCAAUCAGAGUAUUGGAGGAGGCUGGAUUGAAGCACAGAACUCCAGAGGGGAGGUUGGACUGGUGCCAGAAGACUACAUCGAGUUCAGUAAGCCGGUACCAUCGUUCCCAGGAGCAGGAACCGCAGCACCUGCUAUAAGUGUAGGAAAUGUUGCAAUUCCAGACCUCUCCAUCUUUGAUUCCUACGCUCCUGCAGCAGCACCUGCACAAAACCAGGUGGAUGCUGGGGGCUUAAGUCCCCAGCCGGACACCCCCGACACCCCAGUUUCCCCCUACCUUUCGUCCCCUGAUGAGGCUAGUAACGGUAAUGAUCCCUGGUCGGUGUGGAACGCAGACCCCUCGGGGGGCUCGAACAAUAACUGGGCGUCCAAUCCAGAGGGCACCCAGACUGGGAAGAGUCCUGCUGACCCCUGGGGCUCCGUAUCACAGGGUCACCCUCAGGCUUACCAGGGCCCAGACAUCUACCCGUAUCCUUACCUUAUCGAUAACACAGGAGCGGAGGAUGAUGAGUGGGAUGAUGAGUGGGAUGACAUGAAGUCCACUGGAGGUUACGCCGAGUCAGAAUCUGGAGACGCCGGAGCGAUACAGAGAGGAGCUCAUGCGUCUUCAAUGAAAAUCUCCCUCAACAACAGGUUUCCUGGCUUCUCCAAGUCUGGCCCAGAGCUCUACCUCCUUUGCAAGCAGAUCGCUAAGGGCAAAGAAAAGCUGCCAAUCUAUAUUGGAGAAGUUGGUCCGGUGUGGUCUUACCCAGAAACUCAGCUGGACUGUGUGGUGGCUGAUCCCAAGAAAGGCUCAAAGAUGUACGGCCUCAAGAGCUACAUCGAGUACCAAAUCACACCCAACACCACAAACCGACCAGUCAAUCACAGAUACAAGCACUUUGAUUGGCUGUAUGAGAGGCUGCUAGACAAAUUUGGGUCAGCCAUCCCCAUCCCCUCUUUACCAGACAAGCAGGUGACAGGACGAUUUGAGGAAGAGUUUAUUAAGAUGCGUAUGGAGCGGUUGCAGGGCUGGAUGACCAGGAUGUGCAGGCACCCUGUUGUUUCCAGCAGUGAAGUAUUCCAGAUUUUCCUCACCUAUAAGGAUGAGAAGGACUGGAAGACUGGGAAAAGAAAAGCAGAAAAGGACGAGACAGUGGGAGUGAUGGUCUUCACCACGAUAGAGCCUGAAGCUGCGGACCUGGAUCUUGUGGAAGUAGAGCAGAAAUGUGAGCAGUUUAACAGGUUCACUAAAGCCAUGGAUGACGGAGUAAAGGAAAUCCUCACAGUGGGCAACGAGCACUGGAAGAGAUGUACAGGCCCUUUGCCUAAAGAGUACCAGAGAAUCGGCAAAGCCUUCCAAAACCUCUCUGCUGUCUUCAACAGCAGUGGAUACCAAGGUGAGUCAACUCUGACUGAUGCCAUGACGGCAGCAGGCAAGACAUAUGAGGAGAUAGCUCAGAUGGUGGCAGAACAGCCCAAGAAGGACCUCCACUUCGUCAUGGAGACCAACAAUGAAUAUAAGGGUCUUCUUGGAUGCUUCCCGGACACCAUCGGAGUCCAUAAGGCAGCCAUAGACAAGGUGAAGGAGGCCGACAAGCUGGUGGCCACCAGUAAAAUUACCCCUCAGGACAAAGUCACCAUGGCUAAACGAGUCAGCACCAUGUCGUACGCAUUACAAGCUGAGAUGAACCACUUCCAUAGCAACCGUAUCUACGACUACAACAGGGUCAUGCAGUUGUACUUGGAAGAGCAAGUCAAGUUUUAUGAGACGAUUGCUGCAAAGCUGAGACAAGCACACAGUCAGUUCACUACAAUGUGAAAAUAAUUGCCUUCAGUCUCGCACUACAAGACAAGAAGAAGUUAAACCAGCAAAACAUCCAAAAUAUUCUUUCUUACACUGCAUUCUCUUCCCUCCCUUUAAUUUAAAUUUCACUUCUCUUUCUCUUGCUCUUACCUCAUCUCUUCUUUCUUUACUGCUCAUGCCAACAGUCCCAGCUCAUGGAGUUACUUUUGUUCGCCGCUCUCAGAAGUUUAUGAACAGUUAAUGAGCAUGUGCAGCAGCUGAAAAGUCUUUUAGGGCCAGCAAUGAUAGCCGAACAAGACACACUUGUUACACACACCCUUUCCUCUGUCCAAGGUCUGCAGCCUGUGACACAUAAGUAAACCCCAUGAAUUGCUAUAUUGCAUUGAGUUUCUCUAAUGUGGUGCAGGUUUUGUACAGCUAUAGGUGCCAACGUGCCUUUGCUCACAUUACAUCUCCGUAUUUUAAAGCAAUACUCUGCAGUUUUUCAUUUUUUCCGGGUUAGAAAUGGUAAAGGAUACGAUUUACACAUGUUGUCUGCACAGUGAUGUAGUGAUAUACUGAAACCGAAAAACCAAAGCCACCGUCCCUUCUGUCAAGGGGACAGCAAGGGAUGUUGAUUUUUGAAUGCAGCAUUUACAACAAAUCAGAGCUUUACUGUUUUUCUCUCAGCCAAUAUUUUGAGAAUUUUUGCCUUGUAAUAGUACCGUUAACAUUUGAGAGAGUCCUAACAUCUUCAUGAAAAGCAGUGGAGCAUUCCUUUUUAUGAAUCCAAGUCUUGGAAGAGUUGUCAAAGGCAGAGUGUGUCUCCUCUGCAUGUCCACUGCUGGCAGUCCUUAGCCCCCUUUCACCCUGCUCUUCCUCAAGAGCUAACAGGAAGCUCCACCUCCUUCCUGACUUCCCCCUUUGAGGAAAAUAGAAAUGUUGACCCCAGCGUGCGUCCCAUGACACUGCAGUUUACAUUUCUGGAAAGAUGAAGUGGGGGAUAAAUGAUUUUCAAUUUGGGUUCAUUAUAUUAAGAGUUGGACAUUAAAGCCAAAAAUCUAUUAAAUAAUACCUUCCUCCUUCUCUCUCCCAGUUCUCCCGAAGAAUAUUUGUCCCAUAUUUUUACCGGAAUAUAGUGUUUUAUUUGAAGGUGUAACAACAAUGUUAUCUGUAAGAAUCUGUACUAUAAAAAGAGUUUGGGACAGAGCCAUGGAGUAUGUCAUGUAUGCAGUUUUGCUUUUGCUUUUCACCACCCACUUUUCAAUCAGUCUCUAAUCUUGUUCACUCUUUGUUUUCUUAUCACUUGAUACAUGAAAAAAAAAAAAUAUAUAUAUAUAUAUAUAUUCUAUCUAACCUAUCAGGUGCUUCUUGUCAUUGAGAUACAAUUUUAUGUAUAGGAGUAUUUGCAAUAAAGUGUAACUCAAAGAGAA